CACGUGACCCCAGUUUCCAUGACGUCACCAGCAUGACGUCGGCGGAUAGGGGUCGUGCUUGGCAACCGGAGGCCAUUCUUUGAUUUAGCAACAGUGGAGCGAUAGAUCCUCGCUCGUUUGUUUGUUAACUUACAUGUUCAGAGGAGUAUUUUCUAUUAAAUUACGGAUUUCUGUGAUAUUAAUUAAGAAAAUGUAGUGUUAAAAUUAGGAAAAUGUGGUGUGGGAGGCGUCCUUUUAUUCGUUUACAAUGGAAUUAUGACAACUAAAGUGAAACCUCUGCUUGUGCAGCAGCGACAACCGCUGAUCGGAAACAUAAUGUACACACAAACUAUCGAAGGUAGCCACUCACACCAUCUCCCUCCAUUAGCGAGCCAAACAGUUGGAGGUGGUGGUAAUAGUGGACAUGGUGUAAGGGUCCAACAAUUAUUUGAAGAUCAUAAACACCAUUCAGAUAAACGUGAAGUUAUUCAAAAUGGCGGCGGCGGGGAUGAUCAGACUUUAACUCAAGGUAUUCCUCGUCCAAGUUCUAGUGCUGGUAGCACAGGAAGCAAAGGAUCUGGUGUUAGAAGAGGUAAUAGAAUGAGCCCCGAGCUCGCAAUGAAGCAAUAUAUGUACAAACUUAGUUCAUAUGAACACCAUGAAAUUUUUAGUUAUCCUGACAUUUAUUUUGUUGGACAAAGUGCCAAAAAGAGACAAGGAGUCACUGGGGGUGCAAAUAAUAAUGGUUAUGAUGAUGAAAAUGGAUCUUAUGUGCAUGUGCCUCAUGAUCAUAUAUCAUAUCGCUUUGAAGUCCUGAAAGUUAUUGGUAAAGGUAGCUUUGGUCAGGUAGUCAAAGCUUAUGACCAUAAGAAUCAAAUCCAUGUCGCUUUAAAAAUGGUAAGAAACGAGAAAAGGUUUCAUCGACAAGCACAAGAAGAGAUUAGAAUUUUAGAACAUUUAAAAAAGCAGGAUAAAGAUAACAACAUGAACAUUGUGCAUAUGUAUGAAAAUUUUUCUUUUAGAAAUCACAUUUGUAUUACUUUCGAGUUGCUUAGUAUGAACUUGUAUGAGCUGAUUAAAAAGAACAAAUUUCAAGGCUUCAGUCUACAGUUGGUUCGAAAAUUUGCUCACUCAAUUCUGCAGUGCCUGGAUGCUCUUUAUAAGAAUCGAAUCAUUCAUUGUGAUCUCAAACCUGAGAACAUUUUGCUCAAGCAGCAAGGUCGUAGUGGUAUUAAGGUAAUAGACUUUGGAUCCAGCUGUUACGAACACCAAAGGAUUUAUACCUACAUUCAGUCAAGAUUUUAUCGAGCUCCAGAAGUAAUCGUUGGUGCCAAAUAUGGAAUGCCCAUUGAUAUGUGGAGUUUAGGAUGUAUUCUAGCUGAGCUGUUAACAGGUUAUCCUUUGUUCCCUGGAGAAGAUGAAGGUGAUCAACUAGCAUGCAUCAUUGAGUUGCUGGGUAUGCCUCCACAAAAGCUUCUUGAUCAAGCUAAAAGAGCUCGCAACUUUAUCUCAUCCAAAGGAUACCCCAGGUACUGUACUGUGAAUACAUUGCCAGAUGGCAGUACUGUCCUACAAGGAGGACGUUCCAGGAGAGGAAAGACACGUGGUCCUCCAGGGAGUAAAGAUUUGGUGACAGCACUAAAAGGCUGUGAUGAUCCAAUGUUUUUAGAUUUUAUGAAAAGAGCAUUAGAUUGGGACCCUCAACAGCGCCUUACCCCCACUCAGGCUUUGCGCCAUGCAUGGCUGCGGAGACGUCUACCCAGACCCCCAGCUUACAAUGGUGAAGUGAAAUCAGAUUCUGCAUUGAGGAGAAAUUCUUCUGGCAACCGCAGCACCGGCAUGCCAAAGUUAACAAAUGGGACAAUAACCACUGCCAGUGGAAAAUCACGUCAGCUUGCUAUCCAGGACGAUUUAUCAUCUCAAAUAAAUACAAGAACGAAAUUACCCCAGAUUGGGUCUACAAUGUAGAUGUGCACUAAAAGUGGAAUUAUUAUUUAUUCAUAAAAUAAGGAAAAUGUUAUUAACAAAAUAAUUUACAAAAACAUUUAUUUUUCAUAGUGUCUUUACAGUGUUUACAUUAUUAUUAACCAACGUUCCUUCUCUACACUUUUACAUAUCAGAAACAAAUAUUCCUCUUAUUGUUUAAUUGUUCUUAAACAAACAUAAAGAUGUCUGUCACAAAUA